AUGGGAUUCCGGUCCUUCUUCGGUUCUGGCUCUGCCACGGACCCUUUCCAGCCCCUGUCUCAGCUUGAUGCUGCUUCCCAGGCGCUUGUCCCGGCUGCGCCGGCGUCCUCGAAACAGGUCGCCAAGGCCGCGCCCCCCGUCGCCCCAGCUCAGGCCACUGCGCCCAAGCCAAAGCCUCCCCCGUCUGCGCAUAUCCGCCAGGGCAACAGUAAGGACGGAGCGAAGACGAUCAUCAUUCAUCUCACCCAGUCCCUCUCCGAGUCCAUCACACCCAUCAGCACGGAGGACUUCGCUGUCGGUGCUAACAUCAAGCAAUCCGGCUAUCGGGACGUGUUUGUCGCUUGUGUGAACUGUCCUGACCAUGAUGAGUUCGAGGCGAUCACUGCGGCGGUUACCGAGAAGCUUCGCGCGCUGAUUCCGCACGAUGAUGUUGGGAUUCAGGUCGAGUACCAGACGGUGCUCACGUCUAUGGCAAUACGUGACUGCAGGUGGAGUUACAAGGACGCCCGGAACACGCUUCAGAACCGCGGCUCAGAUUAUUUCUGGAACACGCUGAACGAAGCUGCCAAGGUCGAUAAGCACACCCGCAAUUUCGUGGAGGCAUGCAUACCGUUCCACAACUUGCCGAACGCUCGGCUGGAAGGCAGAAACGGAGGAGGCAACAUUGUGUGUGCCAUUCGUGAUGCUCACAGCGGGAGACGCGCUAUCGCGCUCACCAAGAAACCUGUCCUCCUCGCUGAACGUGACGGUAACGGACGGGACGUGCUGACAAGGCACAAUGUCGAGAUCGUGGCGCCGCUUAACAGCAAAACCCCAUGCGGCGAGUCGCACUACGAAGACGAGCACAAUGCUUCUGCGUUGUGCUGCGCCGAACACCGUAUCGCGACGGGCGGGAUCCCUGAUCUCUGCCCUGACGAGCACAAGUAUUGCCCUAACUGUCAAGUCAGUGGGCACGGUCCGUCCGACCGGCGCUGCAAGUUCUGGAAACGGAACAUGCAGAAGGCUUGGUACGACAACGCGGUCAAGGGCAUCGAAAAGGUGGUCGACCAACAGAAGCGCGUCGAUAACGCGAUUCGCGCCCUCAGAACUAAGGCUAAGCGCGUGGCGAAAGCUGCCGCUGACGCCGUUGCUUCUGGAUCUGGCGAGACCCUCGAGGCUCGCAUCGAAGAGGUCACGGGCAUGCCCGUCGAUCAAUCCUAA